UUACCGUCAUGCAUGCGCGUCAUGUUGAAUGUGAGAUAAGCUUGACUUCUGUUCUUCCUCCCAGUGUUAUGAAAUAAUAUCUGAGCGCGAAGCUGCAGGUGAAGCAGACAUCGUGAGGCUCAGACGACAGACAGACAGAUCAUCAUUUCAUGAGCUUCUCUGAGUUGUCUCCAUCAUGGAGGCGACAGGGAAAUAUGACUUCACCGCCACAGCGGAGGACGAGCUGAGCUUCAGGAAGGGAGAUAUAAUCAAGAUUUUAGGCACCAAUGACGACUGGUUCAAAGCAGAAAUAGGUGGCAUGGAAGGGUUCGUUCCACGGAAUUACAUCAACAUCCAUUUCCCAAGCUGGUAUCAGGAGAACACCAGCCGUCAGUCAGCACAGGAAGAACUGAUGUAUCAACCAGUCGGAUCCUUCCUCAUCCGAGGCUCCCAGAGUUCACCGGGAGAAUUCUCCAUUUCUGUCAGACAUGAGAACGACGUGCAGCACUUUAAAGUGAUGAGAGACCGGCACGGUGAGUAUUAUCUGUGGAGCGAGACCUUCAGCUCCCUCAACAGACUGGUGGAGUUCUACACACACAACUCCAUCUCCAAACAGAGCCGCGUCUUCCUGCUCACAGAGCAGCGGAAUACCUCUGAUUUCCCGCACAGGAAGUCUGCUGAACCGCCGCCCAUCUCUCAGGAGAGACACAAUUACAGAACACCAGCCCCAGCUUGUCCUCGCCCACCCGAACCCUCACCACCACCACAGGCGUCUGCGCCGCAGGUUCGGGCCAUGUAUGACUUCACUGCGGAGGACGCAGAUGAGCUGAACUUUCAUGCUGGAGAUAUUAUCGAGGUUUUAGAUCAGUCCGAUCGUUUCUGGUGGAAAGGUGUUCUGCGCGGGAGAACCGGACUCUUCCCCGUCAACUACACCAGUCCGGUCUGAGGAUCCGUGACACAGACCUUCGGCUUAAAAUUUCACCUUCUGCUUUUUGAGUCAUGAUGUUGCAUUAUAAUGAUAUAUGCAUAAAUACAUUAACAGCUCUGAAUUUAAGAGACACAUUUUUACCUUGUCAUGUGUACAGAACACAUGCACACACACACACACACACACACACACACACACACACACACACACACACACCUGUAAAGCAUUGCUCUUCCUGUUGGCACAGAGAUUUGGAAAAAUUUAGUCUGAGCACUUUUACAAACAAGUUUAUGAAUCCUUUAGAAUUGUAUGAUCCUCUGGAUAUAAACUGCCUGAGAUGUGAUCUUCAUCCAAGUAUUAAAUAAAUAAAUCCAUAUUUAAUAACACAUA